AAUGUGGAAAAUCUAUGAAAUCAAAGAUCAUGAAAUGCUGAAAAUCUUCCCACUCACGCUCCCGUUCUCAUGACGCCAGCAGGGAGUUAUGGGCUUCUUAAGGGUAGUAGCCAGAAUCAUGGGUAGGAUCAGUACAUUCAGGUCCUAUCAGCUGGUGCUUCUCCUGGCUGCUGCACUCGCUGUUGUAGCUUUUUACUACUUUGGCUCAGAGAGGCAGAAUUUCUCCAGCACCACAAAGAGGAUCAAGCAGACCCAGGCCAGUCACAACACCAACAGAAACGAUGCAGACCUCACCGUGGACACCAGGCUCUCGCACCCGGACGAGCCAAAGGAGCAAGGAUGGGAAGAGCGAGGUGUAGAAGAAGACGGCGACGCUUUGACGUCCAGGAAAGCGGACAGUGAGGCUGCUUACCAACAUUACCACGUGCUAAUGAUGUUCACCAAAGUGGACAAGAGCCGGAGCUUGCAGGAUAAAUUCCGAGUGGCCAUGCUGUCCAUGGUAAAACACGGACACUUCUUGGAAGGAGAGGUGUUGGUUCUCCACUUUGUGAGUGACCAGGCCAGCCAAGAACUGGGCAAGAGGAUGCUGCUGGAGCUUUUCCUUGACACAACGUUUAAAUACGAGGUGGUGUUUCAUGACGUCGUGGCUCUGACUCAGAAGCUCUUCCCUAUUGUGGAAGCCAUGCAGAAGCAUUUCAGCGCUGGCUCCGGAGCCUAUUACAGCGACGCCAUCUUCUUUCUGUCCGUAGCUAUGCAUCACAUCAUGCCUGAAAGUCUGACGCGCAUAGUGCAGCUUGACUUGGACCUGAAGUACAGGACCAACAUCAGGGACCUUUUUCAGGAGUUUCACCGGUUUCCUCCAGGAGCAGUUAUAGGGAUCACCAGAGAGAUGCAGCCAGUAUACAGGCACACUUUCUGGCAGUACCGGAAGGAGAACCCUCAGACCAGAGUCGGGGAACCUCCUCCUGACGGCCUCCCGGGCUUCAACAGCGGUGUGAUGUUGUUGGACCUAGGUGCUAUGAGGUCCUCGGCUCUUUACAAUAAGCUGUUGGAGCCCAGCAAUGUGGCCAAACUAGCAGACCAGUAUCGCUUUAGAGGCCACCUGGGUGAUCAAGACUUCUUUACCAUGAUCGGAAUGGAGCAUCCUGAACUGUUUUACUCCUUGGCGUGUGGCUGGAACCGGCAGCUGUGCACCUGGUGGAGGGAUCACGGAUACGGAGACAUAUUUCAGUUGUAUUAUCGCUGCGAUGGACCUGUCUAUAUCUAUCAUGGGAACUGUAACACCCCUAUACCAGACGACUGAGGUUUACACUGGCUUGAUACUACAACUGUUUUCAUUUUAUGGCAGUUCCCUUUUGUGACCGCAGUCAGAUAUCUUGCCCCCUGCUGGCCAAGGGGACCCCACCCCCCAACAAGAUGUGGUGUUUGUGGAAGUUGUUUUAGCACAGGUCGCCAUUAUGAGUGAAAACAGCUCUGCAUUACAGUCGUACAGAGUAGUGUAUUAACAGGAGGUUGUUUUUUCCGGUACUACACACAUGACAUUAUGAUGUAAUGUAUACAGGUCCAUGUGGGAUUUGAGCCCGUCACUGCAGAAGGAUUUUACUGCUCUUUCAUGUUCCGCAAACGCAUAAACUUGUUUGCUAGUUUGGAUGUGACUUAGACCCCAGCCACACAGGCGUACAGACUGGUGUGUGGCAACCAGCGGUCGUGAGGGAGCUGUGAAGGAGUUGUGAGUGGUUGCUUGAAAAAUAAUUGCUAAAGCACGAGUCACACAGGCUGGGAACCUUUGGGAAAACUGUAUUCCUCUCCUGGUUGGCAAAAACCUUGGAAUUGCUUUGGCUGGUAGCAUAUUGGCCUGAGCUGCAGUGACAACAUGAAAGGUGCGCCACACUUUUCCAGAUUUUACUGCAGCUCUGCUAGUAGUUAGCGAGUGUUUGCAGACAGCAUCAUGUAAGUACGGGCAACUGUGGAAAUCUGCGAGCAACCAAAGCAAUCACUGUGAGGUUUUUGGUGCGUUUCCUUCUAUGAAACAGAGCUCACACAGCAAGAGCCAGCCACUUCCAGGAGUCAGCUGCCAACUCGUUGGGGAAUAUAUGUUUCCCUAGCAACUGCAUCCAAUGUGGCAGACAGCUCUUGAGCAGUGCAAUAAUGAUGUCACAUGAGAAGCAUCUUUUAUUUCUGUGGAGAGAAAAAAUUGCAGUGUUGACGUUUGAUUUAGGUUUAUUGUUUAUAUAUUUACAGUUUCAGUUUAUGUGUUUAACAAACUUAAAAACAAGAGCAUCAAGUACACCAAGUAGUGUACAGUAUUUAACGCAGUAACUCCCAAAUCACUAACUGAUGUUGAAAUAUUAAUGCAGUGAAGCAAAUGCGUAGACCGACCUCGGCUCGCUUCAUUCUCCGACACGUCGAGUUUUCAGUGUCCCAAGUUCAGCCUACAUCACACCGUAGCAGGUGAGGGCUAAUCUCUGUCAAUUACUUGUAUUUUUUCUUUCUUGCAACCAGAGGGAUCGCUCUUCGUGGACUUUGUGGGUCAGCCACAGCUCUUUUCAAACACGUCUUUACAGGUAGAAAAGCAGAAGUGAGUGGGUGGGGGGAGACAGCAGAGAGCUGGCCACAGGGAUUGGAGAGAUAACGAUUAACAAUGACGACACUGAAGGCUGUUGUUUGUGCCCCGUGUUUGCAGUGUAGCCGAGGCCAAACAGACCCACUUCAUUCAGACACGUUUCUGAAGGAGCGUUGCGGCCAAAAGCGUGACUGCGGAUGCUGACCCACUUUUCAGUUUUCUUGCUGUGCUCAAUGAAGUCCUGCUCAGAUUCAAAGAAAUGUCAACACUCGAUAUUAAUCAGAAACUUAAUGUAGCACUGAAGCACGCUGCCGAGGAGAAAACGAACCGUGGGAUAAGACUAUAAAAAGAAUGUCUUCAGUUCUCAACACCUUAUAGCUUUUUCUGUUUUACUACUAACAGAGCCAGUGGCUUUACUGGUUACAUGAUGAUUACAUUAGUUUUACUGGGAUUGCCACUAUCAGUGUACAUCACUAUCAGUUUCAGUGCAUUACAGUGUUUAAAAUGACAUAAAAUGGUUGAUAUUGAUAAUCUAUCAGAAAGCAUGUACAAUUUUUUAAAGUACAGUCAUGUACCAGAAAGGAUGGAUUAUUAAAGGGAAGGAUGAAACCAUACGUUCCAGCUUGGUCUUAUGGACCUCUGCCAACAGCUGUACUGUAAGUGUCAUACAAUACAUCCAUGUGAUGGUUUGUGUGUGAUCUAAAAACUUGUAUAUCAGUUUCUUGUUGGUACUCUGCUAACACAUACAAACCUAUUUGUGUCAUCAUCUAAAAAAAUGUUAUAUGUGUAUCGUCUAGAGAUUCACUCACACAAUUUCUGAUUCCAGGUUAUUUUUGUUUGUUUGUUGCCAAUUCUGAUUUUCUUUCUAAGAACUACACCUGACAGAUUAUAGAAAAAUAAAGUUUUCUUUAAUGCACCAAUUACAGUUUGGAGUUACAGGACAUGUUACUGAAACAAUUGAAAAUAAAAUGCUUUAUUGAUAUAAACAGAACUAAUGUCAGUUUCUUAGAUCAUUUUGCAUAUAAAUUUACCAACAGUGAUCCUUUUUUAUUUUUCACUCAACUCCACAACUUUCCUGUCACUGCUUUGGUCCUUUGCUCAUACCGAGGCUCACACCAAGCUUGUGGCUAGCUCUGAGCUCUGGCUAGCUUUAGCUUUAGCCACGUUCCCUUCUUUUAAUAAUAAUAAUAAUGGAUACUUUAUUGAUCCCCAUGGGGAAAUUACUUGUUUUUCCUCUGC